AUGUACACACAUCCGUGCUGCCCUGUGGCUCUGUUUGAGUUUAAAAGGCAACUUGUAGAAGAUCUGGCUUCACUCGGAUGGGUGCCACCAUGGACAGAACAGUGCUGCAAGUCAGCAUCUUCGGGCUGCUUUUGGCUUUUGGUACCACGCAACCCAAGGACGACUGGGAAAUCUACAGCUUUCACAUCAACUCCACAGUGAUCAGUCGUUACGCCACCACCGUCAUCACCAGUCGCGUGGUCAACCGCAAAGACGAGCCCCAAGAAAUAGAAUUCCACGUGCGAAUUCCCAAGAAUGCCUUCAUCAGCAAAUUCAGAAUGUUUAUGGACGACCAGGUGUAUGACAGUGUGGUGAAGGCUAAAGAAGACGCUCAGCAGCAGUACACUGAGGCAGUGUCCCGCGGUGAAAGUGCUGGCAUCGUCAGCUCAGUGGGGAGGACUCUCGAGGAGUUUAAAACCUCAGUGACAGUGGCCGCUCUAAAAAAGGUGACCUUUGAACUCACGUAUGAAGAACUACUCAAACGCAGGCUGGGCAAGUAUGAGCUGCAGAUCCACGCUCGCCCCAUGCAGACCGUCAAAGACUUCAAGGUGGAUGUGCACAUACAGGAAGAAGCAGGAGUCAAUUUCCUCCACGUUAAUGGAGGACUUAGCACUGGCGCGCUGGCUAAUGCUGUCACCAAAGCAAUUGCUGACAAACAGGCCUGGGUUCAUUUUUACCCCACAGUGGAACAACAGAAAACAUGUGACAGCUGUGGCGAAGAGGGUAUAAAUGGAGAUCUGGCAAUAGUUUAUGACGUCAACAGAGACAAGUCACUGGGUGACAUCAAGACAUCAAGCGGAUAUUUUGUUCAUCACUUUGCUCCAUCACAACUUUCCCGCAUUCCAAAGAAUGUUGUCUUUGUCAUUGACAAAAGUGGUUCCAUGCAUGGCAAGAAAAUAGAACAGACCCGUACAGCAUUAAUCCAUAUCCUGAACGACCUGGCGGAGGAAGACUUCUUUGGUCUCAUCACUUUUGACAGCACCGUGUCUUACUGGAAGCGAGAACUUGUUCAGGCCAACUCACAAAAUGUGAAAAAUGCGGAAGGAUUUGCACGGAACAUAAUAGAGAGAGGAGGCACAAAUAUUAAUGACGCUUUGUUGGAUGGAUCGCGCAUGUUGAAUGAUAACCCCAGGAACGGUUCAGCUUCUAUCCUCAUACUCCUCACGGAUGGAGACCCAACCUCAGGUGUGGUCAAUCUCGGGCAAAUACAUGCGAAUGUGAUGGAGGCCAUUCAAGACAAAUUCCCGCUCUACUGUCUUGGUUUUGGUUUUGACGUCAACUUUAAUUUCCUUGAGAAGCUGUCCUUGCAGAACAAUGGCGUCGCGCGGCGUAUUUAUGCUGACUCUGAUGCCGAUUUACAGCUGAAGGGAUUCUACGACGAGGUGGCAAAUCCCCUUUUGACAGACGUGACAAUGAUUUAUAACGGCGGCGCCAAUCUGACCCAGACCAACUUCAGCCAGUAUUACAACGGUUCUGAGAUUGUGGUGGCCGGUCAGAUCAUUGACAACAACAUUGAAACCUUCGUCCCACGCGUUGUGGCCAUUUCGAGGAACGCGAGUAUCGUUUUCUCUGAGAAAAAUAGCAUCGCAGAGUCCACGGACAAUAGCAACAUCCAGAGGGUUUGGGCCUACCUGACUGUCAAACAACUCCUGAAGAAAGAAUUGCAACUGUCAGGAGCCGAAAAGGAGAAAGUUAAGAAUGAGACUUUGAGGUUGUCACUCAAGUACAACUUCGUGACCCCGCUCACAUCCAUGGUGGUCACCAAGCCGACAAAGGACAACACGGAGGUGCUUCAUAAACCCAACGAGGAAGCUCCGCAGCCUUCCGUGAGGACCACUUUGGGACGUAACAAUCCUCUGUUAGGGUCUGUGGCCCACGACAGUUUGGUCAGACACUCCACACGUGUUCUUCACACGAAACGAAGGCCUGUUUCAGGAAUACCGGCUCUCGCAGGGAGAAGCGGUUCACCUGGGCAUCCACCUUCACUAGGUGGCUACGUAUUAUCGGCAACUCCCAUGCUGGACAUGGACCAUGACAUGACAGGCAGGUCAUCAGGUCAUGUGCACAAGCGUCUGCAGCACGUUCCCAACAUUCUGGCAACCUCAAUACCUGUUGUUCCACCUCUCAUCCGGUUUUUGCUCCAAGCUGAGAGUCAAUCUCUUCCACUGUGUUUUGAUAUCCCUGCACAAAUUCGACUUCGACUCCUUCUCCUCCCCAGUGCAGAACUGUCUGUGAAUGGUGAACUGGACGGAAAAAGAGGCUUCAACAAGAUUGUUGUCUACUUCAGUACCACCUGCAUUAUUGAGGUUGACACGAGGCGUGUCGCCAUUCACGACGGACCAUUUGGAAAGAUAUUGCCGUGGCUCACGGGACAGGAGACCAUCACUGCUGGAAGCGCGACAGUGAUUAAACGGGACAAGGAAGUUGAUAUCACACUUGGAGAGACACGCUUGAUCAUCUUGCUUCAUGGGAACGCCGGAGAAAAAUACCUCUGGCCGGUUUUAAAACAGCAGAUUUCGGAUAAUAAUGCUGAAGGAAUUUUAGCUCAAAAGCCAGUAGCUUAUGAAGAAGUGCAGCAACCUCUGUCAACAAAACUUAAAAUCAAAGACCAGGAAAUCAGUGUUUCCAGAGCCAUGGCUGCUGACUACAGUUUUUCGCCAGCUGUGAUCCUGCCCUGCUGGCUCAUGUCUGCUGAGUCAGCACUACAAGCACGACUCAGUGAUUUCACCAUCUUCACUCUUUAAUUAAGAGCCGGGCUUUUAGAUACAUUUCAUUGGAAGUACGGAUGAGUGCAAAAUGUCAUCAUUCAUCAUGUCAUAAACAAUAAACAGUUGCCCAAAAAACGAA